UCGAACCAUUUGGACGUCUAUAGAUUUCUUAGCUACUCUUUUAAAUUAAAUAAAAAGUUAAGCAACAAUGCCUCCGCCGCAUGAUCAUUGUGGUGGCCCGCCGCAUCGCCGUGGACCAGUGAUCAAGGUCCAAAUUGCACCACCAUGGCCCCGACGCCAUCAUCGUCCGCCACCUCAGGUUGUGGUGGUUCAACAGCCACCGCCACCACCACCACCAGUUAUGGUGGUGCAACAGGCGCCGCCACCGCCAUACUAUCAGCAACCACCUCCCCCACCACCCGGUGGCAGUCACUACCACAAUCCACAAUAUUGAGGAGGAACUACCUAAAACUAUUCCCGAUUUAGAGGAGGAAUUAGUUCUGAAAGCUGCCAUAUUGAAGUGGAACUACAAUAAAAUUGAAUUUAUUAUAAAAAUAGAAUAAGAA